AUGCCGUACGAGUUGCGUCCACGCUUUUUACAAGAUCGUGGGUCUCCUCAAAUAGAGGUAGAGCCACAAAUGGAGGAUGUAUGGUACACCAAAACUUUUUCCCUUAUUCCAAAUUUUGAAUCUUUCUAUCGUGAAGCUGUUUUUGCCUAUUUUGCACCUUUUGUACUCGAAAAAUGGCAGCUUGGCAGAUUACUGGCAAUGUAUCUACCAGCCCUUGAACUUUUUGG